CGGGCCCGGAACGCGGGCGCGGGGCUGCGGGGCCGGGCGGAGGGGAGCGCGGGCGCGCCGGUCACCUUGCCGCCGCCGCCGCCGCCAUGGCCUUCCUGCCGGACGAGUCGCGGUCGCUGCCGCCGCCCCCGCUCCUCAACAAGGGCUCGGCCUGGCUGGGCUUGGCGGGCUGGGUGUCGGCUCUGCUGGACAACGGCUUCAACCGCCGGCCCGUCAUCCGAGCGGGUGUUCACCGCCAGGUCCUCUUCACUACUGUGGGAUGGUUUGUUGGCUAUUACCUAGUGAAACGUACAGAGUACAUCCAUGCCAAACUGGACAGAGAGUUGUUUGAGUAUGUCAGGCAUCAUCCAGAGGACUUCAAGAAAGCAGAGAAGAGGAGAAUAGGGGAGCUUCUGGAGGAUUUCUACCCAGUUCGCUGAGGGUUUCUCCAGCAGCAACAUCAUGUCUCAGGAUGCAUCUGCUGAACUAAUUCCAUAGCUGGGAAUUUUUGGCAAGCUGGCUGUAACUUCAACCGUCCAUGGCUUAGAAAAUGAACCAUUUCUGGUUUUCAUGUAAUAAAAGUUAUGAUUAAA